AUGACUACUGUCAAGCCAAUGACUGAGGAGCGCCAGCAUCACUCAUGGGGUUUGUUGGUACAAGGACGUCCUGCUACUCCAUCAGAGGGCAGAGCACAACAAUACACUAGGAUUGGUCCGAAGGAUUCUCAAUCUUUGAUCACACAUAAUAAUGGUACUUGUUUGGAGUUUGGUCCUUGGGACCCGGUAGAUGAAUUCGAUCCAACCAAGCCAUUCAACCAGCAAAUCCUUCUCAUCGACACAACCAUCAAAGACAUUCAAUCGGUUAGAAUUCGUCACAAUGAUGUAGUGGGUGAUGAUUCCGAUGUGUUUAAGGGUUUCAGAACUGUUCCGUACUCCGGGGAGGUACAGCUUCAUCGUUACCCGAAUGGAGAAACAUACAGCCAAGUCCCUAGCUAUUAUGCUAGUGUCAGCGCCACACCUUCGAUGUACUCUACAGCCAACAAGUCUGACGUACUCGGAGAAGCACAUCCUGGGUUGUCUUCUGAUACUAGGUUUGGCGUCUUAGUGCCGAAUCAGCAACAAGGUCCAGGACGUGGAACAAGUGCUUAUCAACGUUUUGACCGUCCAAAUAACAGAGGUAAUAAUCACGGUGAGCGCGGUGGUUAUGCUCAACAUCUAAAUCGUCGCGGACGUCGUGACGCGCAAUUUGGACGUGGUCAGGGACGUGGCGAUGGCCGUGGUCAUGGACAUGAUGGUGAGACACGCGGUGGACAUCACCAUGAGAGCGGUGGACAUCAUCGCAACUUUGAUGGUGGUCAUAGUGGACAUCAGAAUCGGGAUCAUGAAUUUGAAUCUUAUCGACAUCGGGAACAUCAGUUUCAACAUCAUGAGCACCGGGAACAUGAAUUUGAACCUUAUCGGCAUCGGGAACAUGAGUCUAGACCGGAUCAACGCUGGGAUGAUCAUGCUCAUCACGACACCGCAACCAGAAACCACGAAGGAGGCAAUCGCGUUUAUGAUGGGUACAACGGGGGUGGGUAUCCACACGUUUCAAUGAGUCACGGUCAACAGGCGCCGAUCUUUCCCGGGUACGAAGAAGCUAACCCUUUGAUUCCACCGCCGGAAUAUCGCGCAGGGGUAAUGGACUACCUGCCUCCAUUACACUAUUUACAAGCAGCCCCAGCCAACGUAGGCCCAUUUGGGUUACCCUCGGUGUAUCCGCCUGCGAUACCCAAUGAGGUUCCGGUAUAUGGCUAUACUAGGAUUGGUGGCCACAACGAGCCCACUCAUCACUCCCCAGUUGCCAACGUGGAGAGUCACGUAGGUCUUCGUUCUCCAUACUUCCAGCCAGAUUAUGAUGUUGGUAUUGCUGUUCCAAUGGGGCCUGAUCAAGGCCGUAUGGCAACUGGUCCUCGGCCGCAGGUGGUUUUACCGCCGACCACACCGGGCUCUCAGCCAUUUGUCGGCAACCCUGACGACUAUGCAGGAUUCUUGGUAGCUAAUGUACAUUUGUCGAGGUCAUUUAGACCUUCGCCGGGUCGUUCUCCGAUGCGAACGACAACUGAUGAAGGUUCUCCGAUCAUGCGCCCUCGGCGCCACGCGACCGGCCCCGCAAUCCAGUAUGCUCAGGCAUACCAUGCCCGCGGUGGCUCUGGGUCCGGAACAGACUUGCGCCGUAUGGCUACUGCCCAGUCGGGUUUUAUGAUUGCUGAACCACGAAGCUCGCCGAGUGCAGGAGUCUUUUCACCUGCACAGGGUUCUCCUAGAUAUGGCAACAUGCACAGUAUGACAGCGAGAAGCUCUCCUGGCGUGUCGUUCUCCAAUAUGAAUCCUGUUCUUAGUUCGAUGGGAAGAACCGCCUCCUCGGACGAGUUGUCUUACGCUGGAUUCUCAAUUUCUGGACAGCAAGCAGGUGCGGUCUCAGGCCCACCAACACCGCCAGCCAAUCCUGGUCGUCGGUGGUUUGAAACUCGACAAUAUGUUGCGGACGGAAGCAGAAUGUCGUCUCCUGGUUUUGCUAGCUCUGCGUACAAUGGAGCGUACAACGGAGCUUUUUAUGCAAACGCCAGGUCAGAGGACGGACGAAUGUGA